CAGAAGACAGAGCUCUGACUGCUAGAAGAGCUGAGCACUCAGAGGAAGAGAGAGGAGGAGUCCGAGAGACAAAAAAAGGGCAGCUAAGACCAAAUCAGGAGAAAAGAAAAGAUAUUUAGAUUUGGAGAGGCCCCACUUUGCAGCUGCUAUGAAGGGCUUGCUUUCUUUCACAGUCCUUGUGCUCCUCUCACUGGUGCACAGCUCCCAGGCAGUCUACGUUCAGGAUGGAGACUUUAAAUUCUCCCUUGAGUCCGUGAAGAAGCUAAAGGAGAUCAUGGACAAGGACGCAGACGUUAACCCUCGCAUGAAGGUUAUCUUGGCUCCAUGUGAAGAAAAAGAUCUCCCUGAAGAGUUCCAGCCUGUGUGUGAAAGAAAAGAUGCACCCAUGAUUUUUGAGAGGCUGAACACGGCUAUCACAGAGCUUGAUCUGUGCGAAAUCUGCGCCAAUGCAGCCUGUGCUGGCUGCUAUUGAAGAAGGACAAAACAACGUAAAGUAGAUGCGUUGAGCCACGAAGCUUGUGCUUUCGUCUUGCAACAUCACAUAUCCUCACAAAUCAAUAUUUAGGCUCCAUCUCCACUUCAGUCAAAGGGGAACUGUUAGCUCAUGUAGACAUACCAGAGGUAACCUUCAAACAGCUAGAUCGGGUACCGCCAGCAGUGCAGUUCUGGCAACAAGCCUGUAAACGUCAUCCGAGAAGCUGGGGACUGGUCAAGGGAGGGGCUUGCGCUGAGUGCUGUCCCGCUGUGACUCUGUCUACAUGAGCUGUGGGACACUUGACUGGAGUGAAGACACCCUAGGCUCAGUGUUUCAGUUUCCACAGAUUUUCUUCUGGGUUGGAAGAUGGAAUGGAGCAGUCUCCUGUAGCCUUUCUAGUAUCUACAUCUGCCUGUAAUUGGGUCUCCCCCGCACACGUGCAUCUAGCGGCGUAGGGUUAUAGUCUUUUCCAGCUUACGCUUUCCAAGCAUAGUGAGUAAGCGUCACUGUACCUGCAAGCCUGCAUGCAGCACGCAUGUGUUUGCAAUACAGCUAUAGCAUUUAAACUGGGGACAAGUUACAAGUGUUUAGCAACACUUUCAUAGAGCCAGAAAUCUCUCAAUCUGUUACUUGUACUCAUAGUUUGUUGCCAAUGUACUGGAUAGAUGUAAAGGGACACAGGCGCUAGGAACCCUUUCCACGUGGUUAUAGGGAAGUUCACUUCUACUGAUAGAUAUUCAUGUUCAGGAAGUUCUGCUUAGGAGGAAGGAGGACCAUGCUGCCGUGUUGGCAUCACUCUGAAAUGAAAACAUCAUCUAUCGUUUUUAUUUAUUGGUGGCAAGGAUGUGAAGGAAGAGCCUGUCCAUGUUUAUAUGCUACUGUACAUGAAAUAAAAGCUAGCAAUGAAAAUGUC